UUUUGGGUUGCAAAACAACUUCAAAAAGCGUGUUUUUAAAAUUCCCAAAUGGCGUCACUGAUUUUUUUGCGAACGGUGGGCUUAUUCCGGACACUGCCGCACACACGCCGGCUCGCGACGAGUCGACCUGUCACUUUUAAAGUUGUUACAUGUCCAGCACACUGUGCUUUUUGUGUUUUGGGCUUGUCAAAGGACGCAUGGAGCAGCAAGAUGGCCCUCAGAACCACAGGAUUGGGGAGACACUGGAGUUGCUGCUUCAGUAACGACUCAUCAGUCCGAAGUUACAGCACAGACAAUGUCCUAAUGAAUUGCUGGAAGUGCAAAGAACCUUUUAACAAAAGCCCUACAUUCUUCUGCUCGUCUUGUAAAGUACUACAGCCUCCUGAUGAGGGUGCAUCCUUCUUCAACAUAAUGGAUUGUGAAGACACAUUUGUGCUGGACAUGCACAAACUGCAGAAAAGAUAUUUGGAGCUCCAACGCUCCCUACAUCCAGACAACUUCAGCCAGAAAUCUGCGGAAGAACAGGAGUAUUCAGCGCAUCAGUCAGCACUUGUCAACAAAGCCUACCAGACUCUGCUGAAACCUUUGAGUCGUGGCCUUUAUAUGCUGGAGCUGAAGGGAAUGCGUAUUGAUGAAGGUACACAUUCCGGGGUGGAUGCUGAGUUUCUGAUGGAGCUGAUGGAGAUCAAUGAAGCCCUUGAACAGGCAGAGACUCCAGAAGAAGCAGAUCGGAUCAGCCAAGACACAAAAGGGAAACUGAAAGGCUUGACAGCGCAGAUAGACAGCGCCCUGCAUGCAGGCAGGAGAGCUCCAAGCUGCCAAGGCACUGCUUGCCCAAAUGAAAUACUUCUCAAACAUUGAAGAGAAAGUCAAGGAGAAACUUUCUGGAUUCAUGUAAUUUUGCUUGUCAUCGACACUUUCUUAUUAUUGUGACACUUUUAAAAAGUUUUGUAUUGAAGCAUCAUGAUGACAAGGCAUUGCUGUACAUGUAGUGCUAGACAUAUGUGUGCAUGUAUAUCUAUAAAUACUGAUGAACCUUA